AUGUCUUCCCGAUAUUUCCGACUGGAUGAGCACAAGGUGGAAGCCUCGCACAUCCGCAACUUCCCUAGAGCAAUUUCAACGCAUGAAAACGAUACUCUGUAUCUUUCUGUCAAGCAGUAUACCCCGCUCGACAAUCUCAGCCCAAAAGAUGGAGAUAUCACCAUCAUCGGGGCACAUGCUAAUGGAUUCCCAAAGGAACUAUACGAACCACUCUGGGAUGAACUUCUGCAAAGGAGUCAAGGUUUCGGUUUCAAGAUUCGAAGUAUAUGGAUUGCAGAUGCAGCCUACCAAGGCCAUAGCGGUGUAAUAAACGAAGACACACUGGGAAACGAUCCAUCAUGGCUCGAUCAUAGUCGCGACCUCCUGCACAUGGUCAACACCUUCGCACGCCAUAUGCCACGUCCUCUGAUCGGCGUAGGCCACUCCAUGGGCGGUGCACAACUCGCCCAUCUCGCAUUCCUGCAUCCGCGCCUCUUCGAAACCUUAGUCCUCAUUGACCCUGUGAUCCAAGGCAGAGUCUCUAUCAUCGGCAACGUGAGUCCCGCGUUCGCCAGCGCGAAGAGACGCGACCUCUGGCCCUCGCGCGCCGAAGCAGCAAAAAGCUUCAAGAAGAACAGGUUCUACCAAACCUGGGAUCCACGAGUCCUGGACCGUUGGAUCGAGCACGGCCUCCGCGACACCCCCACGAAGCUGUACCCGGAUGCGAAGGAAGGCCAAGUCACACUAACAACGACCAAGCACCAAGAAGUCAUGUCGUUCCUGCGGCCCAACUUCCGAAACUCCGGCGGCGAGACAGAACCAGAUUCUGCGGACUUCACAUUGACAAAUCCAAAGCUGAAUCGGAGGACGCACCCUGAUAUCACGCCGGACGUGCAGCCGCAAGAGCCGUUUUAUAGGGGCGAAAGCACGAUUGUAUUCAACCAUUUACCCGCUCUCAGACCUUCGGUCUUGUAUAUCUUUGGGGGUAAAUCGUUCCUGACCAACGACGCCAUCAUCGAGGAGAAGUUGGCGAUAACGGGAUCUGGUGUUGGAGGCAGUGGUGGCAGAGCGGAGGGCAGGGUCGACAGCGUUCUGUUGCAUGACGCGGGCCACUUGAUACCGAUGGAGAAGGUUGUGGAGACUGCAGAGCAUGUUGGGAAAUGGAUUGGGAAGGAGAUGGUGAGGUAUCGGGAUUGGGAACAGAAGACAAAGGAGGAAUGGGGCAGCAAGAAAGGUGUUGAGAGGAGCGUGCUGAGCAAGAGGUUCGUGGAUGAAAUGAAUGGCUUGAUGGCGAGGGCGAGGGCGGAGUCAAAGCUUUGA